UUUCUUUAAUCAUUUUCAUGGCAAAGCGUAUAAAAUUCCAACGCUUGGCGGAGAUGCGGCCCACAAUGACCCGUUUCUCCACCGUGGCGCUAAUUGUGUCCAAAUCCUCGCCGAACAUCUUCUACGACAAGUUGAGUGGCACCGAACGUGGGGUCCUCACCUUGACAAUCCGAGAUUCCCCCAAUCACCUGACCACUUGCAAGUGCUGGGGGCAGCGGGCCUGUGUGGAUGAGUACGUGACCAUGCUGCAGAUCGGUCAUGUGGUGGACAUUGUGGGCGCUAAAGUGAUGUCCAUUCCGGCGACUCCUCCGGGAGAACAGCGUUACCAGCCCCAAUCAACGCUCUCCUGCGCCCUGGUGGUAAACGAAGGAUCUGGCUAUGUGAUGAACCACAACAACGACGACUUUGACCACAUAACAAUCCUGCAACAGUUACUGCAGCGACCCAUUAAGCCACUUGGAGCGGUUCUUAAGUUGGCAGAUGUGCGUUCCGGCCUGGAAUCCCCCGAUAAGAUAAUCACCACCAAUGUGGAUCUACUGGUGGUCGUGGCUGCAGUGCGGCCAGUGCGUCAGAUUAAGCGAAAGCUGCAGGCGCCACACUGUGAGUUCCAGGAGCUGUUGCACUGCCUGGAGGUAAUUGUGUUCGAUGCCAGCUAUCCGGAGGGCAUGCUGCUCUCCGUUUGGCAAGCCGACUGGAUACGACGUGCUCAACACUGGCAGCCACUUCGCACUGUCCUGCAUUUGGUCGAUGUGCGUGUUUCCUACUCAAACUUUCAUCGUUGUCCCGUGCUUUCCCAUUCAAAUUGCACGCUUAUUUGCGAAAAUCCCGAGGUGGCUGGAGAGGAUUGCCGCCUUUUGCUAGCCUUCGCCGCCACUGUGCCUUUAAGAAGUUUUAGUGGCUGUGCCCAGGCAGAGCUGGACAGCUUGCCUGCAGUUGCCAGCAUUCAGACGCAGAUGACGGUUAAGCAGAUAUAUUCCCGCGCCGAGGGCGAACUUCGCGAUCCGUCCAUGCAUCAGUUUACAGCAGUGCUGUAUGCCAUGGUCACGAAGUUCGACUUGGAUGGAUUGACCUCCCACGUCAGCAGGAAGUGCACUGCCUGCCAACGACUUAUACCACGGAACCUGGAAGAUUGCGCCUCGGACGCCUGUCAGAUGGAUUUCUCGCUGGCCAAUGAUGAACCCAGAUACAUUAGCUACUUCAAUAUCAACAUCCAUAUGUCUGACCAAACCGGCACUCUCGUCGAAGCCCGGUUAGCUGGACAGCCGGCAGAACGUAUCCUGGGACUUCGGGCGGAGGACUUCGACCGACUGCCGGAGCGCGAGAAAAGCGAGCUAAAGUGGCGCUUUUUGCUGAAAUACUUCGAGCUGAGAUUGAUGAUCAAAAAGCCCGUGGAUGUGCGCAAUAAUCUCGUCGUUGUGGUUGUCGACAUGCAAGCCAUUCCUCUGGAAAAGAUUGUCGCAAAGAUGGCCGUUUUCUAA